AUUUACACAACAGACAACAAUUCACAAUGCUUGCUCGUGUAGGUUUAGCUUCCGUACAAAGACCAGCUUUCCAAGCCUGUGCCAAUGCUGCCAGAUUAUCCUCCUUAACUUUAUUAAGAAGAAUCUCCACCGUCAAGACCACCCAUGAUGAAGCCCAAGAAAUCUUGAUUGCUCAAAGAAAGAAUAGACCAGGAUCUCCACAUUUGACCAUCUACCAACCACAAAUAACCUGGAUCAUGUCCUCCUUCCACAGAAUCACCGGUGUCUUUAUGGCUGGUGGUUUCUACCUUUUGACCUGCACCUAUGGUGCUACUUCCAUCUUGGGCUUACCAUUUGAUUCUUCAGUUUUAGUUGGUGCUUUUGCUUCAUUGCCUGUUGUGCUUAAGGUCGGUAUCAAAGCCAUUUGUGCUUAUCCAUUUGUUUACCAUGUUGGUAAUGGGUUGAGACAUUUAGUCUGGGAUUUCGGUAAGGCUUUGACUAACGAUGGGGUUUACAAGACUGGUUAUGCUGUUUUGGGAGCUACCGCCAUCAUCGGUUCCUAUUUGGCUUUCUUGUGGUAAAUUAGCAUAUAGUGUUUUUAUUUUAUUUAUUUAUUUUAUGCAAAAAUCGUCAUUAACU